AUGCUGACCAGCUUGGCUCUGCUAUUCCAUGUGAUGUUUCUGGCAGCGGUCACGACGUCGUGGGAAUCACCGUACGCGCUCAUCGCCAGAGACGAAAUGCGGAAUGCAUACAGAGCGCUACGCUCCUUUCGAUCCAGCGGCCUUGCGGCUGCUCAGGAUCUGUUCCGAAUUCAUCAUCGAUUCGAAAUGGGCGGUCGUCGUCAAGCCAACCCGUCUAGGAGGACCCUAGUCAGUAACUUUAAGAUCUGCCGAGCCCUUUUACCUUCUCUUGUGCUCUUGCUGCCAUUGAUUUUAGUGGGAUUCGAUUAUGAAGCGCUCUUGGGGACGGGCGAAACAACCCCAGACACGCCUCAAAUGAGUGCCGAGUUCAUCUUCUUGACGCUAUUCUUCACGAUCCUUUUCACGGUAUUAGGUGUUUUCUUCCUCCUGCGUGCAACAAGGAGGCUUGGCCUCCGGAGUGUUCUUAUCGGGACUAUUCUGCUCGAUCUUCUAGUGCGUUAUGUACUGUACUUGUCCAAAUUGUCGGGUCUAUCCCUUCCUCCUGGUGCUAUCCCCCAUAUCGUGUGGAAGACAGCUCUUCUCACUUUGAUCCCAGACAUCAGUGCAUUAGUACUCAUCUUCCUCUUCACAAUCGACACGAUGCAUCUCAAUCUCGAAGAGGCGGAAGACAGGCUAGCGAUAUCGUUAAAAAAGGUGGUUGUCUAUCGCAUCCGUGUCGAGCUUCCGUAUCUGUUUCAACGCUAUUGCCUGCGAAGGAAUGUAGAGCUUCUUUCGUUCGAUGAGUUCUAUCACUCUUUUGAUGAAAUUACUCUGUGA